AUGACACGUGUGGCGCUGCAGGAGGUACUGCGGGGAGGUGGUGCGGGCGUGGCGCUGCGCGCCCUGGCCGCCCGGCAGGCACCUGGCAGCGCCGCCGCUGCCGCCUGGGCUGCAGCCGGCGGCCGGGCGCUGCUCCAGGAUUCCAGCGAGCCGGCGACAGACAUCGGCACAGGCAGUCCCGACCAAACAAUCCCCAGCACGGCCGCAGUUGUCGCCGGCGUGGUGGGCGGCCUGAGCACCCUGACGCUGUGCCUGGCGGUGGCGCUGAUGUUUGCUGUGGCCUCCAUCUACGGCUUCCAGAUCUGCCGCGGCCGGCGAGGCGGCAGCCGCAGCCGCGGCAGCUCCGCCGCCGCCUCUCCCCAGGGCAGCAAGAAGUCGGACAUGGAUGUGGUGCUGGAGAUGGGGCGCGCCCGCCCGCUGCCCUCCAUAGUCACGACCCACAUGGCGCCAGCCACCGCACAGGGGCAUGAAGCGAGCGACGACUCGACCAACCUGGUCAGCAGCAGGAGCACCAGCCGCGACCAAGUGACCCCGCUGCGCAGCGACGUCUCCUGGAAGGAUUGCCUCAUCGAGCCGGCGCAGAUCCAGAUCCUGCGGCGCCGCGACGGCAAGCCCUGGGUGCUGGGCGGCGGCGCCUUUGGGCAGGUGUACAAGGCGCUCUACGAUGGGGUGCAGGUGGUGGCAGCCAAGGUGCUGACGGGGCUGGCGGAUGAACGCGUGUUCCAGAGCUUUGUGCGGGAGGCCGCCAUCCUACGGGACAUGCGCGACCGCAACAUUGUGCAGUUUGUGGGCAUCUGUAUGGGGUCUGAGGAGGAGGGGCAACCCGAUGAGGCCAUGAUGAUUCAGGAGUUCAUGGAAGCUGGGGACCUGGUGAACAUCUUCAAGGCACUCAAGUGGCGGGAUGAGGCGGGGCGGCGGGUGUUUGGGUGGUAUGCGCGUGGCAAGCGAGCAGCAUGCGACGUCGCCAGGGUGCUGCUGGCGCGUGACGGCGCCUGCAAGCUCGCUGACGUGGGCCUGGCCCGCAGCCUGCUGACCAAGAACUACCUGACGCAUGCGGGCACCCUCGGCACCUUUGCCUGGUCGGCGCCGGAGGUGCUGACGGGGCAGCAGUGCACCUUCUCUGCCGACAUCUACAGUUUCGGCAUCGUUUUGUGGGAGAUUUUCACGGGCGAAAUCCCCAACAGGGGCUCCAUGCGCAACCCGCGAGUGCCCGAGGAGUGCCCGCAGGCCGCUGUGGACCUCAUGGACUGCUGCCUGUCCUUGAACCCUUCCGAGCGCCCCACCGCCAAGCAGAUAGUGCAGCUGAUGGAGAGCAUGCCGGCAGAGACGCCCGGCGAGGCUGAGAAGCGAGGCGCCACGCUGCGUGCCGCCAGCCUGGCGGAGUGGCGUGACCAGCUGCCGCAGCAGGUCAGCAAGUUCAUGCCGGGGUCGCCCUCCGCCCAGGCCGAGGUCGGCACCAGCACCUGGCGCACGGAGCUGACAAAUGAUGCGGAGGAGCUGGAGGCGGCAGCGGAGCGGGCGGAGCACGGGCCGCCGCCAGCGCCGCCUCAGGCCACGCUUCGCCUGGAGGACAUGCCGCCGCUGUCGGAUGCCGAUCGGAUCUUCUGA